AUGAUCCCUCUCCCCACCUCUCUCCAUUUUCGUAAUGGUGGAGUCUGGGGACUGGAGUCUCUGAGCAAGACGCGUUUCAACAUCUCCUUCGACAACCGUACGCUCGCCGCUACCAUCUUCACGCUCAUCAUUUCUCUUCUUGUCCUCGAGCAGGCCGUGUACAGGGCCAAAAAGGGCAACUUGCCCGGUGACAAAUGGACAAUCCCCGUCAUUGGCAAAUUCACCGACUCUUUACACCCUUCGUUGGUCAAAUACAAGAAACAGUGGUAUUCGGGAGCUCUGAGUGCCGUUUCCGUAUUCAAUAUUUUUAUCGUCCUAGGAUCAUCCAAUGACAUGGCUAGAAAGAUUCUCAACUCGCCCACCUAUGCCGAGCCUUGUCUCGUGCACGCUGCUAAGAAAGUGUUGCUUCCGGAGAAUUGGGUGUUCUUGCACGGCAAACCUCACGCGGAUUACCGAAAGUCCUUGAACGUCUUGUUCACCAGAAAGGCACUCAGCAUGUACCUCCCCGUUCAGGAGCGCAUCUACCAUGACUAUUUCAAUAAGUGGAUGUCGGACCCAUCGCCUGCUCACCCAUACAUGCGGAAGAUGCGAGACCUCAACAUGGAAACUUCCUUGUCCGUGUUCCUCGGACCGUAUUUGACUCAAGCUCAGAAGCAAGAGAUCAAUGACAAGUACUGGCUCAUCACGCUUGCUCUGGAGCUGGUGAACUUUCCUUUCGCCUUCCCAGGAACCAAAGUCUACAACGCGAUCAAGGCUCGAGAGCUCGUUAUGAAGUACCUUCGAGCUGCUUCAGCCGCUUCAAAGAUUCGCAUGGAAGACCCUAACGCUCAAUCCGAAUGCUUAUUGGACGAAUGGACCAAGGCUAUGAUUCAAUCACGUCGGGGUGCGAACGGAGACGGCGAAGAGGCCAAGCUGCUUAGUCGAGAGUAUUCGGAUCACGAGAUCGGUAUGGUCGUCCUCAGUUUCCUCUUUGCGAGUCAGGACGCUAUGAGCUCGGCCAUCGUGUAUGCUUUCCAGCUUGUUGCCGAUCACCCCGAAGUCUUGGCAAAGAUCCGGGAGGAACAAUACCGCGUCAGAGGAAAUGAUGUGGAUGCUCCUUUGACAUUGGAUCUCUUGGACGACAUGGUCUACACUCAGGCUACGAUCAAAGAAGUCAUGAGGCUGAGACCGUCCGUCAUCAUGGUGCCAUACAUGACCACCAAGAAAUUCCCAAUCACUAAAGAUUACACCGUUCCCAAGGGAACCAUGCUCAUACCCGUAUUCUGGAACUCGCUGCAUGACGAGACAUGUUAUCCGGAGCCAGAUUCCUUCAAUCCAGACCGAUGGCUGAAGAACGAGGAUGGCUCCGAGCCAUUAGCGGAGAGCAAGCCUCAAAACUUCAUCGUAUUUGGGAGUGGACCACACAAGUGUAUCGGUGGAGCCUAUGCCAACAUGCACUUGGUUGCUACACUUGGCACAGCCAGUAUUCUAAUGGACUGGAAACACGAGCGUACACCAGAUAGUGAUGAGAUUCAGGUCAUUGCGGGUAUCUUCCCUAAGGAUGAUCUGCUAAUGCAGUUCACUCCUCGAGCACCUCCCUCAUGA